CCCCCCCCGUGUGGGCGCGACGUGUUUGCCGACGGACCUUUACACCCCCUCUUGACCAUCCGACUCCUCUUUGCCCCACCACCCCUUCCCCUAUACAAUAUAUACCCGCUGCCAAGUGUCGGUCCCUAGCCGGCUAGGACCCCUUUCACUUCACACAGCAUACACAGCCAGACGACGUCCAUAUACUGCCGCCGGAAUCCCUUGGGCUGCCAGACUAUUUGAAUCAAGCAUUCUAUUCAGAUCAUCCUCAUCGUCAUCAGCAUAUCCCGUCAUCAUCCUCAUCCAUACCUCAUACAAUGUCUGACAUUCAAGCUACUAACAUCGGCGCGAGGAAGGCCUCGUGGCGACUGCUGUUCCUCAUAGCCACAUCUGUGCUGCUGUUCACUGCGUCUACUACAUUCGCAGCAUCAGAGGAGCAGCUGAACCUCUUCCGGAGAAAAAGUGCCGCACGGCGCCACACAGGUGUAGGCUAUCUGGAUGAGGUCGAUCGAGUUGAGUUCGUCAAGAGGGCGAAAAAGACCAGCAAAUCCGUGACGUGCACAUCUAGCCUAAGUUGUCCUACGUCUGCCUUACCACAGCCUGGUUUCGAUGUUGGCAAGGUUGCGGGUGUAGCUACCGACCUCGCAAGCCACUCGUGGGAAUAUGGAGUCGUCUUUGAUGCUCUUCUUGAGCUGUGCUCCCCGACACGCUCGGUCUUCUCGUCGACAGCAUUCCCAAGCGGCAAAGUACCUAGCGUGGCAGUGUCGACGCACACCGCUCUGAGCUACAUCAAGCCGCUCAUCAGGACCAACAGCAAUUCGCUCAUCGACGGUGCCGGAUCUCUGACGGAUCCAGCAUCGCUGACCACAGGGGCGAUUCUAGUGGGCCAGACCACACCGGCGUAUCUGACUGCCGCCAAGAAACAGAUUGCUACCCUUUACGCCGGACCGAAGUUCUACAAUGGAGCCAUUUCGGCUCGCGCCGAUGUCGCUGAGCUGUGGGCCGACGCUAUGUGAGUCCCAAUGUAUAUGCUCACUCCAGCCCUGGCGUACUACAGUCCCGCU